AUGGUUGACCCAGUAGACCCUGCAUUCGCUGACGAUGCAGAUUUUGAUAUGGAGUUCGUUGAUCCCGAGCCUGCCAUGGCCCUUGAGCCGGUAGUCGCUUCUGACCCAGUGUUUGAGCAUGACCCUGUUCAUGCUGGCGUACCCAUUAUCGAUCCAGUGAUUGCUGACCCACCCAUUGAUGACCAUCCUGUUGAUGCUCCGUUGUUGGAGGGCGAUCAUAUUGACCCACGAGAUGAGCACGCCCAGCAUGGGUGGAUUCCACCUAUUCCCCCACAUACCACCGAUGUACACCACAUUGAUACCUCUUUUUCGUUCCCUCAGUUUACACCUCCAGCUCGACCUGGAGAGGGUUCUUCGGCUCAUCCUUUUGGACACGUACCGACACCUAUCCCAGUUGUACCACAGUUUUCACCUGCUAUUCCCCCUGUUCCACCAUUCUCUGUGCCACCUUUCGAUCCAGCCAGUUAA